AUGUCGCAACGGGGCGCUCUGGAAGCUCUUCGACGUGUGCUUUCCCAAGCACUCGGCUCUCGGGCCAGUAGCGGAAUCUGCGUUGCUUCUGCCGCAUCUCGACUGGUGAUGCAACCUCACCGUGUCUUGAAACCCAUGCGAUCGACCUUCUCUUAUCCAGCGCAAGAUCGACCUUUUUCAUCUUCUGCACGACACAAUCACAAGGUAUUGCCCGAAGAGAUUACUUCCACCUCGACCAUGCUCUCAUCCACAACUGCCUCGCCAGUAGCCGACUCUCCCAUUCCCACGUUCACCAACGUACGCGAUUACCGAGCAUGGCGAGCACAGGCCACCCGCGACGGCAAGUCGGUCGGCUUUGUCGCAACUAUGGGCGCUCUUCACGACGGGCAUCUCAAGCUUGUAAAAGCCUCUCUCCAGGAAAACGACUACACGGUUGUUUCGAUCUUUGUGAACCCUGCCCAGUUUGCGCCCACCGAAGACCUCGCAUCCUACCCACGCACUCUCAAGUCCGACAUUUCCAAACUUGCCGCGCUCUACUCCCACUCUUCCGGCUCAGAUCGCAGAGUCAACGUAGUAUUUGCCCCUAGCGUAAAGGAUAUGUAUCCGAAUGGCUUUACGCAGGUGGUAGCAGACCAGAUCGGUGCCUUUGUCGAGGUCAAGGGUCUCAGUCACCAGAUGGAAGGUGGAAGCAGGCCGACGUUCUUCCGCGGCGUAGCCACCGUCGUCACCAAACUUUUUCACAUCGUCCAGCCGGACAACACCUACUUCGGACAAAAGGACAUUCAGCAGUCGGUCGUGCUGCGACGUCUCGUGUCCGACCUUGUCUUUUCACAUCCACCAUCUCCCGAACAUGUUCGCGUUAUCCCCACAGGCCGCGAUCCGAAGGACAAUCUUGCUCUCAGCAGUCGUAACGCCUACCUGACUCCGGAUUCUCGACAGGUCGCUCCUGUACUCUAUCGUGCACUCAGAAAAGGUCAAGACGUGUGGGAGCAGUCGCACUGGACAGAUGAAACCAAGGAGCAACGCAUCAGAAAGACGCUGGACAACGCGAGAGCAGUUGUCCUGCAACAGGCGAAAGAGUGUAUGAGCGACGGAAAAGGCGUCAAUCUCAAGCUGGACUACAUCUCGCUAAAUCACCCCAAGACGCUCGAGAAUCUUGAGCAAGUGUCCAAGGAAAAGGGCAUUGAUGCGGUCGACAUGAGCGAAGGCGCCAUCCUCAGUGGAGCGGCUUUGAUCAGUCAGGGAAAGGACGGAAAGGUGACUAGAUUGAUUGACAAUCUUCUGCUGGGUUUCGAACUGUGA